UUUGCACAACAGAGAACUUCUUUCAACAUGCUCAACAUUUAUUUUUAUUUUUUCUUUGCGUUUUUCAACUUCUUGUUGACAGCUACUGCUGAUGUGACGCAAAAUGUUUUUCUACGUUUAUAUAACAGAAAUGGCUCAUAUUUUGAUGAAAAUAUAAGAAAUGCCAAUAUAUUUCUUCCUUAUAUACAAAAGAAUAACUUUUUAAUGAUUUUUAUUAAUGGUCUCACUAAUGACAUAAAUUCUUUAAGUGACAGAUUAAUAUCAAAAGCAUAUUUAGAUAUGACACAGGAUAAUGUUUUUGGACUUGAUUAUCGGAAUAUUACUACUCAGUUUUAUCCAUUUGCCGUGGCAGAUAUAUCUACUGUCGGAAAAUGUGUAGCUAACGUUUUGAAUGAUAUGAUAGAAAAUGGUGUAAACCCGAAAAAGAUACAUAUAAUUGGGCACUCAUUGGGAGCUGAGCUUGCAGGUAGCAUAGGACGUCAAAUGAAAGUCAAAAUUGGCAGAAUAACAGGUUUGGAUCCUGCUGGUCCUUUAUACUACUUUCUGAAUAAUCAUUUGAGCAUUUCCGACGCUGAUUUCGUAGAUGUUAUUCAUACUGAUAUGGGAUUGGCGGGAUUGGCUUUAAGAAUUGGUACUGUCAAUUUUUUUCCGAAUUAUGGUCGUAGACCACAACCAGGUUGUUCAAUAGAACUUACAAGUAGUUGUAGUCACAGUAGAGCUUACGAAUUUUACGCGGAAUCGAUUAGAAACCAUGGAGCUUUCAUUGGAAAAUGUCAUUCAUUAAAUAAGUGCAGCGGCGCUGAAUAUAUUCCAAUGGGAUAUGCGACACCAAGCAAUGCAACGGGUAACUAUUAUCUCGUAACAAACUCAAAAAGUCCUUAUGGCCGAGGAUUUGCAGGAGCAACUUUUAAUCCACUUCUAAUUACACCUAUACCAACUUAAUUACAUUUAAUGUUGUGAAUGAUAUAUAAGAUGAAUUGCAUAAGAAAUUAUAUAAAAAUUAUAUAAUUUUUCAUAUAUUUAACAUAUAAAAUAAAUGAUUAUUAUUUUAUUUCUAUU